AUGGAGGCAUUGCUAGGAGUCUCAACACCUAAGAUUGCGAACGUCACAACCUCAGAACCCAUUUGGGGUGUCUAUGCUGCAGAGCUCUCCUCCACAGGGUUCGGCUAUUCCAUGUGGUUCCCUGAGCCUUUGGAAGAUGGCUCCUCUCCGGAGAAGGGAGACGUCGGCUACAUAUACCAGGGUCGCUUCAGAUGCCUGUUCAAUGUAGCCAAGCGUCCAGAAGACCACGCCAAACAGCUGCUGUACAGCUACACUGUACUGGAUUACGAUAAAAGACUCGACAAAGUUGUGCGGGAUGUAUUGCAGAUGAAGAUUAUCAGUAGCCAAGGCAUCAUGACCAUGACCGUGCAAGCCAGCGAGAACAUAUGCAGUCUUGCUGGAAGCAAUGUGGGAUACAGAUUUAUACCCACAGACCUCGACUCUCUCAUUCCUAACAGUGUCUUCCCACAUACAUGA